GCUCUUUGGAGGCUCGGCGAGCACCAAUGGUCGUCGUAGAUCCUCAGUCACGUGACGUGCGUGUUGAACCAGCAGCAGGAACAUUGCAAAUGACAAGACCAAGACCAAGCCAGCGUCGGGCUCUCGUUGUCGCUUUUAAAUAAAAUAAGUGAUCCGUGUGUUCCCGGUCCCUAUAAUCAUUUUUUGCUGGAGAUAAAAUUGCGAGGCGGGUUUGGACUUAAUCAACUUCUCGACUCUCCUCUGGCUUCCAGUGAUAGUCCUGGUUAUCGCACGUCUCCGUAAGUCCGUACUCUGCUCUCUGGUGUAAUGCGUGUUGUGUUUACGGUGGUGUUACGGUAAUGACUAGUGAAUAGUGGUUUAAAAAAAUUAAUCCAAUCAUGUCGGAAUUAAAUAACUUUAAGACCAAAGGACGAUAAAGAUUUAUGUGCAAUGUUUCAACUUUAGUUGGAGAAGCCUUGUAAAAAAAUAUAUAUAUCUAUAUAUAUAUAUAUGCAUAUAUAUAUAUAUAUCUACAUAUACAUGUAUAUAUAUAUAGAUAUAUUGUGGUAAACGUGAUUGUGUGCCGUGUGUUGGCUUCUCCUCCAUCAUAUUCUCCUCUCUCCACCACCGCUCCGGCGCCUUCACCUUGUCCUGUAACUGCGUGUGUUGGUCCCACUCGCGGGACCCGCUCCAACUCGUUUUUUAACAUUUUUUUUAUUCAUUUUAUUUAUUAUUUUAUUUUAUAUAUAUAUAUUUUUUUUUUUUACUAUACAUAACACAUUGGUGAAUUGGCAGCUUGGUUAUCUUCAACAGUUUGAGUUGUGUACGUGUGUAAGUGUAUUGCUGGCCCUCUGGGUUCCUCAGCGGAGGUAACCAUCGCCAUCACCAUCAUCGUCGGCAUCAUCGCCAUCGCAACCGCUAACCCAGUGUCUUAUUAAUAAUAAUAGUAAUAAUAAUAAUAUUAUUAUUAUUGUUGUUGUUGUUAUUGUUGUUGUUGUUGUAAAUAAUCUAAAGUUAUAACAAUGUCGGGAUCACAGCGAAUGCGUAAAUCGUCGCCAUGCUCGACCACAAAGCAGGGUCCGAUGCGAGCAACGUUGCCGGUAAGCUCGUUGUUACGACAAAGCCGACAAGGAAGCAAUCUAAGGAAGAGUAAUAGCAAUAGCCCGACAGUGUCGCCUACUAACGCGAACGCGUGGCGAGCAAGAAUUUCACCGGAGACAUCAGCAUCCUCUGGGCAACGUAGUCCUGGUUCGCUUUCAUACAAAGCUAAAUCAAAGACACUGAGUGGACGGUGCAGUGAGGGAUUGAGCGGCAACCAAAAUAUACGGAGGACAGCAUCCCUUGACACUAUUUACCUUAAGGGACAAUGGCCUCGUGAUUAUUCUUACAUACACGCGAGUCUCCUGCUCGUUGAUAAGUCCACGCAAACAGAAGAGUGGUCCCAACAAAAUGAGCCCAGAAAAUUACACACCCGACACCCUGCUGAGCCAACUAAUCCCGAUGAAAAGAUACCCAUGGAGAAAUAUAUUCGCCACAGAUUACAGAGGACAAAUAAAGAAAGCAGCAGUAGUAGAACUGCUGCAUUUGGAUUAAUAAUGCCCGGUGGUCCACCACCAGCACUUCCUGGUGAUCAUACAGUUAUGCUAGGAAGUAUUGGUUCCCAGACAUCAAUCCAAAACCAAUUCAACCUGAGUACAAAAGCAAGCCCAAUGAACAUACCAAUGAAACCAAUGAGGCCGCCAAUGCGUUCCUCAAUUGAAGGUUUGAAUCAAGAAAUCGAAGGACUUGUAUUAAAAUCAACGUCUAAUACUAAUGAAGAGCAUUCUGUUGAAGACAAGUAUGCAAGAUACCGGGAACAAAUAACACCAGAAGGUCACCGUGCACCUUUGGCAGAUCUGUUAAGAGCAACCAGGAGUGUGAACACGCAGACGCCGGCAACAGACCUUCCCUCCAGUUCGUAUUCUUCAGGUGGAAGUCGCGGAUCAACUCCAGAGCAAGAGAGAGAAGGACGUCUGGGUACGUCACCACACAUCAAUAGGUUCCUUGCACGAGAACCUCCAGAUGGUUGUGAAAAAGUUAAUACAAAAUUCCUCGAGGACGCUAGACGGCCGAUGAUAGACAUCAGCAAGUUAGAUUACUGCCCGAAGCCGUGUGUUAAUUUUCAAUUGAAGCCAAGUUUGGGUUCAGCUUUCCUGCCACUUCAGCAGCCGGCCAAUCCCACAAUGGUGACAAGUAGCGUGUCACCGUCAUCGCACACGACGUCGGCAACACCACCACCUCCAAAUCCAUAGUCCCGACCCGUACCUUGCAGCCUUAAGACCUGCGUCAACGUGAGUGGUUUAUACAUUUAUUUUAUUCUAUAAUACGACUGGUGAACUGACGACGGAUCAUUAAUAUUAAUAAUUAAUUAAUAAUAAUAAAAUAAUAAUAAUAAUAUUAAUAAUAAAUAUUAAUAAUAAUGAAUAAUGAUACUAAUAAUAAACAAGAUUGAGAAACCUCGUGGUAAGGUGACUGAUUUGAAUAAACUCCGCAGCGUGCAUGACUCUUUCAUUGUGAAGUUACCCAAGGAAACCCAGUGCAAAAAUUCAUAAUGAAAAAUAUAUAUUUAAACAAAGUAAAUAUAUAACAAUUAUAAUAAUAAGGAAUUAUUAAAUGGAGUUGAGUUAUUAAAUUACUUAUUAUUAAUUAUUAAUAAAUAAUAUUAAAAAUAAUAAUAAUAAUAAUGAUAAUAUUUAAGUAAUUGAUUGAAUGAGGAGUCGAUAUGAGUGAUUUCGUAAGCAUUUUAAGAGUUUUUUACAAUAUCAAGCAAACGGUGGAUUCGAUUGUCACGUGAUAAUGACUUUAGUUGAUGGAAGGAAGGCAAGUUUCAUUUAUUAAUUAUGUACUGAAUGGAAGAGUCCUGUUGAAUAUUAAAUACAAUAAAUGCUAAAAAAUAAAAUAAUAAUAAUAAUAAUAAUAAAUAUAAAUAAAAAGUUUAUGGAUUACGAGAAAUAAUAAUUUGUGAUAAUUGAAAACAACGUUUAGGAAUAAACAUUGUGUUCUUCAGGAAAAAAAGACUAAUGAUUAUUAAAAAAAAAAUAAAAUAAAUCGUGUAUUCUAAAUUUAGCGCUACAAAUGUGCUGAACAACUUUAGUUUUGUAUACAAGGAUUGAUGAUUAAAAUUUUUAAGUAUUAACAUUUGAAUGUUGGACAAAAAAUAAUAAUAAUAAUAAUAAUAAUAAUUAUAAAUUAUGCAGAGUGUACCGCGGUGUACAUAGAUAAAUAAUAAUAAUAAUUUUUUUCAAAGCCUUCUGAUCACUUAAAAUAUUAAAAAAAAAAAAAUGAAAGCUCAUUGACACGAAUCAAUCGCGCGUUGGCAGUUUUAAGUUUGUUAUUAAGUUUUGUAUUAUUAUUUUUUAUAAAAUUAACAAUACAUUCAUUUAUUAUUAGCGUACUUUAGUAUCGCGAGUUUACUGUAUCCCUAUGGUAUAUAUUUAUAUAUAUAUAUAUUAAAAUGUAAUGAUAUUUUGGUUGGAUAUUGGAUUGUGUUGGAGCUGUUUUUAAAAUAAUCAACAAAAGGGUCCAAUAAAAAUUAUAUUUCUUAUUUUAUUUAUUAAUUGAUUUUAGUUGUUGUGAUUAUAUUAAUUGAGACCAUAGGGCUACCGUGGCUACCUGAUUUAUAUUUUUAAAGUUAACUUGAUUUAUUACGACAAUAUUAAUUAUUUAUUAGUUGAUCAAGUUUUAUAUGGACACUUGCAAUGACAGGUCAACGGAUGGGAUUAACUUUAUUUAAAUAAUCGCUGAACAAAUAGACAAUAUUUUUUUAAUAUUAUUUCGUUAUUGUGAAAGCAUAGAAAUUUUUAGUGAUUAUCAAGUUUUUAAAACAUUUCUUUUUUUUAUAAAUUAAAUUUUUUAAAAUAUUGACUCGAAUUUUUUUUUUUUCAUUUAAAACUAUAUAACUACUAAAAAUUUAAUAAAUUAACAAUAUAAAAAAUGAAAUUAUUAUUUUAAAUUAAUAAAAUAGCAACACUCGUGUUUUAAAAUUAUAAAUAAAUUCGCGAAUAACGUUUUUAAAAUAUAAACCAAAAUUAAAAUAAAUAAAGCAACUACCUCGUUGUCUGCCUUGCCUACGAGUCUUUAAUAAUUAAUAUUUGCUCUUAUCUCGUUUUCUCAUUUAAUUAAAUUCAAAAAUCAUUUAUUAAUUAAAAAAAAAACGAAUUAAUUGAUGAUUUUAAUUAUAAUUAUUAACAAUAAAAUAUCGAAAAUUGCUAACACAUGUACCUGGCACACAGAUUAAUGCUCGUAAUUUGUUUUUUUUUUAAGUAUUUAAUCCAGUAGCUGUCAUUACUACCCAACAAUCAAGAGUGUGCUAUUUUAUUUACCACAAAGUUUUUUUAAAAUUAAAUUCAUUAAAAUUAUUUAUUAAAAAUAAAUCUUGGGCACUGAGUGUUACUAUUAGCGUUUUGACGUCUGGAAAAUAAAUAAAAAUAUUGUAAAAAUAUAAUAAAUUGAACAGUAAGCAACGACUGCUGAAUGAUUACCUGUUAUUUGGAUAAAUCCAAACAAAUAAAUAAAAUUCAUUUAUUGUUUUAUUAUUAUUAUUAUUAUUAAAAAAUUUUUUUUAUAAAUAAUUAUCGAAGGUGUUAAUAAAUUUUGGAAAAAUGUAAAAAUAUAAAUAUAAUAAAUUCUCGGUACAUUCUUAACAUAUCUUAAUAAAAGAAUCGUAACAAAAUAAAGUUAAUAAAUAAUCUGAGCAGGUUUCAGAAAAUGUCAAACCGAUUAUUAUGUCAAUUAAAAUAAUAUUAUUAUUUAAUCCUAAGACUCACCUUCACUAGGUCGUUGAGCUGAUUAACUCGUAAGAUUUAAAAAUUUACGUUUAAAUUUAUAAAUUUUAAAAAUUUACUGCCGACUAAGAGCUCGGGGUUUUAAAUAAAUAUUUCAAGGUCGAUUUAUUAAUUAUUUAAAUUUAAUUUAAAUAAAAAAUAAUUACUGUUAAAACAGUAUUACAAGUUAUUUUUAUCUGAAGUGGCUUCAUUAAUUAACAAAAAAAAACAUUAUAAAUUUAAUAACACACUAGACCUGUCGUUGUAGAGUAAAACGAUAGACUGGCCAAGCCGGAAGUUUGUCUAAUUAUUUUCAUUAUUGAAUCGUACUACUUUCACACUUUAAAUUAUUAAAUUAUUGCUGUUGAUUUUACUUUUUUUUUUUUUAGCCAACUACUCGGUGCAGUUGAGUAAUUUAAAUUUUAUUGGCAGCAUUAAUUUUUUUUUGUGUGAUAUUUGUCUAGAAGACUUAACUUAUUUUAACUUGUAGAAAUUUUUUUUUAUCUCCUCUUUUUUAUUUUAUUCAAAUUAAUUAAAACAACCGUUGGCUUUAAAUUGCUGAUGUAAAAAAAUAUUUUAAAUAAUUAAAAAAAAAUUGAUAAGUCUUCUAUUAAUUAAAAUAAAAAAAUAUUUUUAUAGAUUAAAAUAAUAAAAGUUAAACUUCUAGACUCGUAACAUAUUUUACAAUUAUAAAUUAUCCACAACCGCCUAAAGAUGAAUGCUUGCCAUUGCACUGAUGAUUUUUAAAUCAGGCGUAUAUUUUUCUUUUAUAUCAUUACUAUUGUCAUUAUUAUUAUAAAUAAUAAUAAUAAUAUAAUUAAAUUAUAAUUUAAAACAGCGAUUAAAUAAAUAAAUAAAAAAAAAAAAA